AGACAAAAGGCGGCAAAAUUUAUGUAGGACGGCGAGACAACCCCAGCGAGUCGCGCAUGAAACACUAUCAAAAUUCAAAAUGGCAGCCGCUGUUGAUCAGCUUACUGAUUCUGAACUUCGAAAGCAAUUAAAAUCUUAUGGUCAGGACGUAGGACCAAUAACUAAAACAACUAGACGGUUAUGGGAGAAAAAACUAGAGAAAUUCCAGCUUUUAGGUCCUCCAGACAGGAAGGAAGAAGAAUUAAAAGAAAAAAAAACUAGAAGAAGGUCAUCUAUCAGUCGGCAAAGUACUGCAACGCGCGCAGCUUCACCAAGCAGAAGGAAAUCCACUGCAAAAAGUAAAAAGCUAGCUCCUUUCUCCAGUGAUGAAGAUGAACCUCAAGUUCCUUUGAGUACAUCUAGGCGUUCAAUUCAAACUUCACCUAUUGGUUUUCCAGAGAAGCAGGAAUCUAUUCCAACCAAUAAAACUCCAUUGUCUGUUUUAGCUGAAAAAAAUUCAGUCACAAGUAGAAGAAAGUCAUCUCAGAGAACGUAUACACUUAUUGAUAGAAGUUCAAACUCCUAUCAAUCUACCACCCGUUCUAGUGAAUUUAGCGAUGACGAUUUUCCUGAGUCUAAAUUAAAACAAAGCAAGAGGCAGUCUCUUCCUUCUAAUGGUGGACAUGAAAGCUUGAUUACAUCUGUGAAUAGGAGAAGAAAUAGUGCAGACAGGCUUUCCAUGCCAAGGGAAUAUGUAAGUGAAUCUGGAGCAACACCAACAAGAAAAAAUCUUAAUGAAUCUAAAAUCAGGGAUGAAAUUGAUGCGUCCUUGCUACAAAUAAGAAAUACAUUUUCGGCCAAGAAACCUAGUCCACCAUCUAAUAGAGCAGUUAGACAUACUUUCAACGAAGUAAAUUAUGAAGAUCAGGAGGAUGAAGAAGAUGAAGAGCUAGAUGCAGAAUUUGUUCAUGAAAACUAUGAACGUUUUUUUAACACCAAAACUCUAGUGAUAUUUAUCUUAAGUUGUUUAAUGGCUAUGCUUAUGAUUGGGUUAUAUUUAAAUGAUGACCAAGACAGCCUUCCAGCUAUUACCCAUGUUUCAGGCGCUGUUAAAAAAAAGGAGUUAGAAGAGCAGUCUAUGCAACUGUUAAAUUGUUGGUACAAAGAAUUAAGCAAUUUGGCUGGUUCACAUGAAUGUGGGUACACUGCAGACAAGUGGCUUGGAGUAGAAAAGCUAAAUAGAAGUGCAGAAUCUUGCUUUGAAAAAGAGAAGCUAGAACUAAAUGUUGUCACAAAUACAUUGUCAUUAAUCAGAAAAAAUUACACUGACUAUUUUGAAUUCAAUAAAGAUAAAACACUUUACAGCUCUAAACAGAGUUAUAGAUCAUUAUGGUGUCGUGUAACGAGUGCUAUUUCAAUAAUUUUUUUUCGGAUUGCAAUAUUUUUGGGUGUCGUAGUGCUUGCUUUUGGUAUUUAUUUUCUGAUGAAGAAACGCUGGACAAUCGAUGAUGAGGAGACAAGACAAAUGUUAUUUUUUGUGGACAAAAUAAUAGAUAUCUUAAGACGGCACCACGAUGUCUGUGUGAUGAAUAAAGAAAUCUCGCCAUAUUUGCCUAUUCCACACGUACGAGACAUGCUUAUUCCUGUUGCUAAGAGGAAGCAAAUGGCGAAAAUCUGGCAAAAAGCCGUUCACCUGCUGAACACUUCGGACUCGCGCAUUCGCGUGGAAACACAAAGGAUCGCAGGGGAAGACUACGAAGUGUGGCGUUGGAUUGGGAUCAGUACACCAAAGAUGAAGAAGGAGAAAAGAGUGACAAAUAAGCUAUACCUUGCGUCAGAAAAUACAAAGUGUUGGCAAGGACCUGCUUUCGAUGAAAUUGAGGCAGUCGUUCGAAUGCCAAUUGUAACGCCGACGCCGUGUUUGAAGAUCCGAUACAUGCAUGAGGGACCUGAUGAAAAAGGGAAGGUGUGGAUUACGAAAGUUACAGAUGCAAUUUUAGAAAAAUGCAACAAAGAUGGGGCGCAGAUCUUGCACAUUUUUGUGGAUGACCAAUCUAAAGAAGGUUGUGUGUAUGUAAAAUGUGACAGUCUCGAUUCCGCUGGUAAAGCGUUCAGAAGUAUGUAUGGAAACUGGUUUGACGGUCGACUUGUAAUUGUGAAGUUUGUCACGUUAGCCCGCUACCAUCAACGUUUUCCGGUUGCUUUAGCCAGCAAUCAACCGCUAAAACCAUCCGGUACAUCCUUAUCGUCGCUUGAUUGGGUAAACGAAGGUGACAAUGAUGACUAAACUACACGAGGUCCGCUUCUUUGGUUUGCUUGUGUAAACUCCGUCGUAUAUAGUGAAGUUAAUUUCUCUCCAUCGUGGAGCAUGUUUUUUUCGAUAUCUUUAACGAACAGCAAUUGAUAUUUAACGAAAGUUUACACCGUGUAGGAAACAAUUUUGAUAAUAAUUUCGAAUUGUUUAGGACAAAUGGUUGUUUAUUUGGAGAAAGAACUCAUGCUUUCAAAGAGGGUAGAAACCUUACGUAAGAGGAUGAUAGCCUACUUGGAUUGCUUGAAAAUUUUUAGGACUUUAUUUUAAAAUGUAACUUGUUGAUAUAGCUCAUGUACGCUGUAUAUAAUACAUAUUCGUUAUUAGUCAUAUCGACAUCAAUUCCAUCGCAGUAGAUCUCGUACAUAUUAGAUCCUAAUGAAUCUGUAGCUAAUGGAAUUGAUGCUCGACGUUUUUUGUCUCUGUUCUUCUCGAACUUUAAUACCUUGUAUUUCUAACGAACAUAGCGAAAUCACUGAGAAUCCUGGGAAUUUAUUAUGUGUAUUAACGUUAACCUACGUAUUUAUUGUUUAUAUGGGUUUAUAAUUUGAUUUGAUUUUUCAGUUUUUAUUGGUGUGUAUGUAGUACUUACUAUUUUCAAAAUAUGUUUUUUUCUUUUUUUCCGGCAUAUUUUAACAGUA